ACAAAAUUAAUCAAAUUAAUGCCGUUUAUAAAAGAAAAACAACAAAUUAAUACAGUACAAAAAUAUUGAAGGGCCGUUUCCAUAUUAUAGUCAAUUAAAUUAAAUUAUCAUAUAUCAGUUAUACACCCAGGCAGGCAGUUCAUUUGUAGUACUCUCCCCCCACCCAAAUUUCAUCAAACCCUUACUUGAUUCAGAUCACGCCGGCGACGAUGACGACUUACGGCACAAUCCCAACGUCAUCAUCACAAGGUAAAAACAUCGAAUAUCUAUCACGAGCAAAAGCACGUAUUAAAUCAGGUUUAGGCACGCGCCGUCCUUGGAAACAAAUGUUCAACCUCUCUUCAGUUAAUUUCCCUCACGGCGUUUCCGACGCCUUUGCGCGUGUUAAAACUAACCUCGGUUACUUUCGUAUGAACUACGCUGUGAUUAUGCUGUCAAUUUUAUUUCUGAGUUUAUUGUGGCAUCCGAUUUCCUUAAUUGUGUUUGUUAUCAUGAUGGCUGUCUGGUUGUUCCUUUACUUUCUUCGAGAUGAAGCGCUUAUGGUUUUCCACCGUACGAUCGAUGAUCGGACGGUGCUGGUCGUUUUGUCUAUUCUUACUAUUGUUUUGCUUCUGUUGACCGGUGCUACAUGGAAUAUCGUUUCGUCGGUUUUGAUCGGAUUGGCGGUUGUGCUUGUUCAUGCUGUUGUGAGGACUACUGAUGACUUGUCGUUAGACGACGAUGCCGGUGAAUAUCUCGUUUCUUCUUCUUCGGUUUAAGAAGCAAGGAUUGCAGGUUUUAAAUUACUCUUUAUUUUUUCUUCUUUUGGUUUUUAGGCUGUUAGUUAAUUACUGUUUAUUGUUUACUCUGGAAUUAUUUUUAUGUAUCUAUAUAUGUGAGUGUGGGAGAAUGUUAGAUUUGAGAUUCAAUUUGUGUGUGAAGUUGAAUUCUCUUUUAUCGAAUACAUUUGUUCUUUGUGAUUCA